CGGACGUGCCGGUAACCAAGGACUAAAAGUGUAACUGACUUGUGCAGGAUUCAGCAUUAAGUAGACGCUUAGCCCAACCCGUGGCGAAGCAAGAAACUAGUGACUAUCUCCAGCGAUCAUCAGGAACCAGGCUCUUGGAAACCAUCCCUCAACCCGUAGGUGAUUUGCGCCGCCCGACACGAAAACUGCAUCGGUGGGUUUCAACCCUUUAAGAGUGUCGAACCCUCGAAGAUGACACACAAACACCCGAUACUUUUUUGUCUUACAAUUAUGAUGUUUUUCAAUCCUAUUUACUCUGCUUACUUGGAAAUCCUUGAACUUAAUGAAAAUCCCGGUAUAGUUGCGUUCAAGACUAAUUCAGUCUUUAUAAAAGAAGGAUCUCACACACUAUUCCAUAGAUUUAAUUUAUUUUCCUUUACCGUCGUUCUCAAGCAGUAUGAAUCCAUUAUUUUGAACAUUGAAGAAAACCCAAAGAUAGCAGAACUAGUUAAAAUUCUUAAACAAAAGCAGAGUCAGGCUUAUUUUAUCCUUGAAAAUUUAACCGCUAGAAGUAGAAAAACAAAACGAUCUCUUAAUUUUCUUGGGUCUACCUUAAAAAUGAUUACAGGGAAUCUCGAUAAUGAAGAUUUGUUAAAAAUAGAAAACCAACUUGAAAUUCUUAAAAAUUCAAAUAACCUUUUAGUAACAGAGAAUAAUGAACAAAUUCAAAUUAAUAAAUUGUUUGAGGAAAGGAUUAACAAUAUUACUAAACAAGCUUAUAGACAGUCUAGGGAAAUAGAUAGCAUCAUUAAACAGACAAGACUGAGCUUAGACAGACCUGUCGAAUGGGAACAUCUCCUGCACCUACACAACAUCAUCUUCAACAUCGACAUGAUCAACCAGCAGCUGUCUACAAUUUUCGAGGCCAUUCAGUUGUCCAAGUUGGGUUUAAUUUCAAAGGCUUUCUUACAACCAUCAGAGCUAGAAUUUGCAACGAAUCUGUUGGAGUCACAAGGCGUUGUGAUUAACAGCUAUGACCAAGUUUAUGAGUUUUUGGAACCCAUAGCAUUCCACAAUAACUCAGACAUAAUCCUACUCAUAAAAAUUCCUAAAUUCAGGCAAGGAGAAUUUGUGCAACUCCAAAUAGAAGCCAUUCCACGACAGUUUAAAAUCAUACCGAUAAAUGCAACAAAAGCCAUUGUUGGUAACAAUGAGUCUUACCUAAUUUCCCAUCCAUGCAUGAACAUCGAGCAUAGCAUCAUCUGCGACGUCCAGAACUUGUAUAACACUUCAAAUGACGGAUGCUUACAUGAGUUACUAAGAGGAAAUACGGGUAACUGUACCUUCAUUAGAUCCCCAAUGAAACCUGAUACAAAGGAAAUCGAGAAUCUCGGACUGUUAGUUAAAAACUCUGUUGAUCCGACUUCGAUGCAAAACAGUUGUGGAUAUGGUCCGAGGAAUUUAACAGGAACGUUUCUCAUAUCAUUUAGAGAUUGUUCCAUCACCCUCAACGGAAAAACCUUUACCAGCAAAACAUUCAGAGGAGAAUCCAGACCUGUCAUCUUACCCCUACAUUCAGUUAGCGUAGAUGAGUCACAGACAGAACCAGAAUCCAUUGACUAUAUGGAACAACUGCACAUUAGGAAUCGUCAUAAGCUGGAGCACUUAGAAACAGCAAGCAAAAGGACUAAAGUGCUCAACAUAGUAGGAAUAGUUCUCAUCACAUGCUUCGUAGCAGUAAUUUUCGCUUUUCUUACGAGAGAAGUUCGUAAACUCAAAAUGAAGCUGACAAUACGGAUCCCUGCAAACAAUGCGUUGGAAAGCUCUCAAACAAUAUUGAACCGAGACGGUUCAAACUAAGGCGGGGGAAGUUAUGGACAUCCCUAGGCUCUACCCACGAUGUUCAGGUAUCCGCCUAUCGUGGACUAGAUGCUGACAAAGCAGUAUCACCCUUGGAGACACUGAGCAUAACCCCCAUACCAGAAUACCCUUUGGACUCCGAGCAUAUUGAUGACACGAUAAAUCGAUACCGGCGCACAGUAACACCGACCAUCCAACGCAACCCAGAACAACCAGGCCAGUUGCCAUCCGGUGAACUUUUGCUGACAUCGAGAAAGCAUCGAACUCAAUCGGAGGACACAGGUGUGCCCUCGGUCUGGUCUGGCUCGAUCAGUCAGUUGGAAGUGAACGUUUGAAUCGAUAGGUCUAAUAGUCAGUUGAAAGCCCUUCUGGCCCAGUAUAAGUGUUAGGAAGUGUGAAAUGUAAAAUUAUAAACAAGAACAUAAUAAAAGUGAUGGGAUUAGGGUAAAUUUGAAACAAGUAGUUUUUUUAAAAACCCUAAUGUGAAGUCCC